UAAAAAACGUAGCAUGAAAUGUCGAACGAAAACGACGAAUGACAAGGAAGUCGUCUGUGGUAAUAGGAGAAAUAUUUGUUCUCCGAGUGUAAAAUAUUACGUAAUACGGCAUAUAAUUGAUUUGCAAAAAUACUGAUACAUGAAGUGUAAUCAUUACUGGACGAAUGUAUUGUUGACAAAACAGGUUAAAGGUUAACAAUUUCGUUAUUAUCAUGGCAAACACAGGUUUAUUAGUUUUAACAAAUCCAACGAAAGUGACAAAAUUAUUACCGAUUAUUAAGAAACAUGUAUUAAAAACUUUGUAUAUACAAUACUUUCCGGAAAAGAACAUGUUUAUAUCAGGAAAUUACACGGCUACAAACUCCCAAUGGAAAAUAACACGUUACGCUCGAACCAUUUCCAAUAUUUACAAUGUCACGUCCGCGAUAUCUACUCGUCUCGAUAUCCGAGUUUUGCUCACAAACAUGAAAAAUCCCAAUUUAUGUAUAAUAAAUACGAAAAAGCCUGUAGAAGUAGUGAUUUUUGAUAGAAUCUGUAGUAAAAGAGAGGCUGAUACAUUCAUACAGGAUUGUCUAGCUAAUACUUCUAUGGGCUGUAAUUUCCUUAGUUUUAACGAUGAUGAAGAAUUAGAGGAUGCAAGUAUAAUGCCUUGCAUCGAAGAAUCAAAAAGAUACAAGAAUGUAGUACUCGGUGGUACAUUUGAUCGGAUACAUAAUGGUCAUAAAAUGUUUUUAAGCGAAGCUGUAUUGCAUUGCACAGAGAAACUUACAGUCGGUGUGACCGAUACAAAUAUGUUAUAUGGUAAAUUGUUAUGGGAAUUGAUAGAACCUUGUUCAAAAAGAAUAUUAGAUAUUAAAGAGUUUUUAGAAGAUAUAGAUUCAACAUUGGUAUAUGAUAUUGUUCCGAUAAAAGAUAUGUAUGGUCCAACCAAAAGUGACCCAACUUUUGAAAUGAUAGUAGUUAGCGAGGAAACAGAACGUGGUGGGCAUAAAGUGAAUGAUAUGCGUGUACAGCAAAAUCUAAAUAAAUUAGAUAUUCAUGUUAUAAAAUUAAUGGAGGACAAACAUCAUAGAGAACACGAAGAAAAUAAAAUCAGUUCCAGUAAUAAUAGAAUACGAUUAUUGGGAACAAGACUACGACCUCCUAGAAUAGGCAAUAAACCUCUGAAACCUUAUAUUAUUGGUUUAACUGGUGGUAUUGCAAGUGGAAAGUCAUCGGUAGCUGAAAAAUUAGAAAAAUUAGGCGCAGGUCUUGUAAACUGUGAUACAAUAGCACACGAUUUGUAUCUACCUGGCAAAAGUUGUUUUGAGACAAUACUUAAAACAUUUGGUCCUGCUAUUUUGAAACCAGAUGGAUUUAUUGAUAGGAAAGCACUUGGGAAUAUAGUAUUCAAUGAUAAAGCACAAUUAGAUAAAUUAAAUAAACUCGUUUGGCCCAUAAUCUUGGAUGAAACAAAGAAGCAAAUAAACAAUUUUUAUGCAAAAGGAUUUGAUAUAAUUGUGAUGGAAGCAGCUGUCUUAAUUCAAGCUGACUGGCAGUACGUGUGUCAUGAAAUUUGGACCUGUAUUAUUCCACCGGAAGAGGCUAUAAAACGAGUGGUAAAUAGAAAUGGAUUAACUGAGGCUGAUGCAAAAGUAAGAAUCCAAGUUCAACCAAGUAAUACAGAACAAGUUAAUGAAGCAAAUGUUGUUAUAUGUAGUUUAUGGAGUCAUGAUAUUACUCAAGGACAAGUACAAAGAGCAUGGGAUGAAUUAAUGAUAUUUUUGUCUGAUCAAGUAAAAAAUUAAUAUAUA